AUGUCACCACCAGCUAGCUCAGGAAAACAAAAGGAGUCAGGACUUGCUCGUUUAUUAGGUUCUGGAACUUCAGGAAUAUUAGAAUUAUUUAUAUUUCAUCCUGUUGAUACUAUUGCAAAACGUUUAAUGACUAAUCAACAAAAAGUUUUUGUACCUGGUGCACCAUUAUCCCAGAGUUUUAAUAAUUUAGGGGAAGCCAUAUUUAAAGAUAAGCAUUCUGCAACUUUUUUCCGUAAAUACACAUCAUUAUUUCCAGGGCUAGGUUAUGCAGGUGGAUACAAAGUACUUCAAAGGAUCUAUAAAUAUGGUGGUCAACCAUAUGUAAAAGAUUAUAUCAACAAAAAUCAUAAAGAUGCAUUCUAUAAAUUAUUUGGUGAAAAAAGUGGUAAGACUAUAAUACAUGCCACUGCUGGAAGUUUAAUUGGCAUUGGAGAAGUGGCACUUUUACCAUUGGAUGUAUUGAAAAUUAAACGUCAAACAAAUCCUGAUACAUUAAAAAAUAGAAAUAUUUUCAAAAUUUUUUGGGAUGAAGGGUUUGGACUUUAUAGAGGUGGUCUUUGGACAGCAGCACGUAAUGCACCAGGAAGUUUUGCAUUAUUUGGUGGAUCAGCUUUUGUUAAAGAAUAUUUGUUUGGAUUAAAAGAUUACUCUAAAGCAACAUUUCUUCAAAAUUUCUGUGCAUCAAUUGGUGGUGCUAUAGCUUCUAUCAGUGUGGCUCAACCACUUGAUGUAGUUAAAACACGUAUCCAAAAUAGACCUUUUGAUUCACCUGAAACUGGGACACAAAUUAUUCGCAAAAUGAUACUCAAAGAAGGUAGUAAUUUAAAAUUAAAAAGAAAAAAAUUUUUUUUUUUUGAAG